GUUCUCCUCAUCCUACUCCCGCUACUGACAUAGGGGCAGUUUGGUUUUUACAGAUACUGAGGCAGGAGAUUGGUUUGAAUCUUCUCAGAUAUUGCUCUGCUUGGAAUGUACUGAAAACUUUAAAGACGAUCAUUUCAGCUUCUGAAUCGGGGGGGCGGCACUGAGGCCAACACUCACCUGUGAAGAAGACUGUUGACAUGAAAAAUGAGAUCCUCACUUACUGUACUGACUCUGUGUCCCUUCAGUUGGAUCCUAGUUGUGGUCAUAUUUGUACAGCAGCUCAAUGCAGGGGAUGUUGAGUGGCCCUGCCAAGGUAGAGACUGCUCUGUAUGUCAGUGUCUUCCCGCCAAAGGUUCACGGGGGGCUCCAGGGAAGCCAGGGGUGCAAGGCCCCAGGGGACAAAUGGGACCAUGGGGACGUGAAGGGCUACUCGGUGACAAAGGCAGGAGGGGAGCAGAGGGAUCACAUGGCCCAGAGGGGCCCAAAGGAGACCGUGGCAAGAUUGGUGCACCUGGUUUUCCCGGAAAUGAUGGCUCAUUAGGUCACCCAGGGGCAGGCGGUGAGCCUGGUUUGCCAGGAGUAGAUGGCUGUAAUGGGACAAGGGGUCGACCAGGUGUCCCUGGUGUUCCUGGUUUGGAUGGUUUCCAUGGGCCUACAGGAUUAACUGGACCUAAAGGAAGUAAAGGAGAACCUUUAUAUGGCACUACCCUCCCUGGACUUCCUGGGGAGCAUGGGAGAACUGGAGAUCUUGGUUUACCUGGAAGACAAGGAGUCCCUGGGCUUAAAGGCCACAUUGGCCCAUCUGGUCAUCCUGGACCUGGGGGUUUGGAGGGAUCUAAAGGUGUUAGAGGACUACCAGGAAACCCUGGAGGAUCGCUGGCAGGUGAUGAAGGUGACGAUGGUGAACAAGGUCCACCUGGCCCCCCUGGACCAGAAGAAAUUAUAGAAUUUCCUCCAGACUUUCUUCCACUCAAAGGCUACAAGGGAGACAUAGGUCUUCCUGGACCAUGUGGACCAAAGGGCAAAAGGGGGGAUAAAGAAGAUUAUAACAGACAAGGAAUUAAGGGAGAGCAAGGAAUCCUUGGAUUUCCUGGACUUCGGGGUUUUCCAGGAAUUCCUGGCAGAGACGGAACAUCACCUGAGGGUAUCCGUGGAGAGAAAGGACUUCCAGGUCUCAUAGGAAGAAUUGGACCAAAGGGUUACUCAGGAGAUCCAGGUCUACCCGGUCCCCUGUUCUUUCAGAAUGGAAGUGAUGCCAGAGGUGCUAAAGGUGAGCAUGGGUAUCCAGGAACACCAGGACUCUCAGGUGACCCAGGGUACCCGGGCUUGCAAGGACUUCCUGGCCCACCAGGGUUAACAAUACCAGAGGAGCCAGGUCCUCCUGGACCACAAGGGUCUUCUGGUCCAAAGGGCUACAAAGGAGAACCAGGGAGUUAUAUUAAUUUUGAAACCAAUCCAUUCCCUGGACCAAAGGGAACUAAAGGACUCCCCGGACCUAAAGGUGCAAGAGGCAUCGCUGGUCGUCCAGAUUACUAUUGUGAGCCUGGUGUCCCAGGUGACCCUGGAGACCUAGGAGCCAAAGGAUCUCCUGGAAACAAAGGGGUCAAAGGAAUUAAAGGGUGUCCAGGGGAAUGUGAAUGUCGUUUUGGUGGAGGAAUCAUUGGGCUUCCGGGUCUACCUGGUUUUCCAGGAUCUCCAGGAUUACCUGGAGCUCAAGGAUUUCAGGGGGACCUAGGACUGAAGGGAGAUGAGGGCCCAAGAGGACCACAAGGCUUUCAAGGAGUUGCUGGUUUGAAAGGACAUAAGGGUCAGAAAGGUGACUCUUUUGUGACAGGUGGCAAAGGUACCAAGGGUGACCAAGGAGUGCCUGGGUAUCUUGGCCCUCCUGGAGCAACAGGUAGGCCGGGACAGGAUGGGCUCCCUGGACCUUCUGGAGACCCUGGACCACCAGGUGUUGGAUAUACAGGAUUACCUGGUCCCAAAGGUGACCCUGGUGUUGCUGGACCCAAAGGUUUUCCAGGGAUUAUAGGCCAUAGAGGCCCUGUAUUUCCCGGCCCUUUGGGGCCACCAGGACCAAGAGGAAAUCAAGGAUAUCCUGGCCCCCGAGGAUUUCCUGGACGACCAGGCCCUCCAGGUGAAACUGAGAAUUGCUGUCAUGAAGACGAGAUUGGAUCACCUGGUCCUAAGGGUGAGCCAGGUUCCCCAGGUAUUCCAGGUGAGCCAGGAAGAGACGGUCUCUCAGGAGCUCCAGGACAUCCAGGUUCUAAAGGCAUGAAUGGCAAUGACGGUGAUUCUGUGGGGAUUGGACUACCAGGACUUCCAGGUUUAAACGGGGAUCCAGGUGACCCUGGUCGCUAUGGGGUUAGGCUGGAUGGCCCUCCAGGUCCUCCUGGGUUACUAGGACUCACUGGGAGGAAGGGUGACCCAGGAGAUGUCCUAUCAGCCAGUCCAGGUGCUACUGGCCCACCUGGCCAACCUGGGGCCCGGGGGACAAAAGGACCACGUGGCUACCCUGGAAACCCCGGGUCUCCAGGCAUACAAGGACAACAUGCACAACCAGGUCAUAAAGGUGAGCCAGGAGUCAUCGGUGACACUGGUGCCAUUGGUCUCCCAGGCGCACUUUGUACUGUGUGUGACCUGAAUGAACUUCCACGCUAUCCAGGCCCCCCAGGAAACCCUGGACAGACAGGAGUACCAGGCUACAAUGGUCAGAAGGGUCUAAAGGGAGACAUAGGUUCACCUGGUUAUGGUCCGAGGGGUCCUAAUGGAUAUCCUGGCCUUCGUGGUGUGCCAGGCCAAACGGGACCAAGAGGCACUACUGGUCCUUCUGGAGAUCCUGGGAUUGAUGGCUCUCUUGGGCAGAAAGGUGAAACAGGCGACCCUGGAAGGGCUGGGACAUAUGGUUUACCAAGUCGUCCUGGACCUCCAGGACCCAGAGGUAAACAGGGAGAAAGAGGUUUUAAUGGUCGACCGGGUCACCCAGGAGACCCAGGACUGCCUGGUUAUAAAGGUGUACAUGGUCUCCCAGGAUUACCAGGCCCACCAAGAAUUGUGAAUUUGACAAAAGGCCCAGCAGGACCUAUUGGAAGGAGGGGGCCACCAGGCCAACAAGGACAUGCAGGCUCAAAGGGAGAAAUGGGAAUACCAGGUGACUCAGGGCCUGAUGGAUGGCCUGGUCCACAAGGGUUUAAGGGUAGCAUUGGAGCUCCAGGCAGGAGAGGAUUCCGAGGGUCUCCUGGGCUCCCUGGAAUCAAAGGUUUCCCUGGUCCAAGGGGAUAUUCUGGACAUGCUGGAGAUCGGGGAGAUCCAGGGCCUACAGGACAUAUGGGGAUACCGGGGCGACCAGGAUGUCCUGGUGCUAAGGGUGAUCCAGGAAAGUUCAAUGGACAACUUGGUCCACCUGGACCCAAAGGAUUGCCAGGGGAGGAUGGACUCGGUGCACCCAGGGGUUUUCCAGGUGAUACGGGUGACCCAGGACCAACGGGAAGGCCAGGACCGCCUGGACAACCAGGCAUUCCCGGAGAACCAGGAAGACUUGGAGGAUUAGGCAUCCCCGGGCCUCAUGGCCCAUUUGGCCGUCCAGGUUUUCCAGGUGUUCCAGGUGAUCAUGGAAGUCUGGGACCACCAGGUCCACCUGGCCCAAGUGGGCCUCCAGGGGGCCCUGGACCAUCAGGUCUGGAUGGAUUGGAUGGUCUUAGAGGUCCAAAAGGGAUGAAGGGAGCAAAUGUCAUAGAAAUCCCUGGCCAUCCGGGACCAGAUGGUUUCCCUGGAGUCAAAGGUCAGAGGGGGCCCCCAGGGCCUCCAGGAGCCACCUUUCCUGGGCCUAAAGGCCUGCUGGGCCCACCUGGUGACAAAGGUCUUCCAGGCCUCCCUGGUGAACCUGGUUACCCUGGAAAAGAAUGCAGCACACCUUCGCCAGGAGCCCAUGGAGAUAUAGGAUAUGAAGGACAUUCAGGACUCCCAGGUCUUCCUGGUGAACCGGGCCCUCCAGGCAGAAGCAUUUCCUCCAGAGGAGACCAAGGACCAAAUGGCCUCCCAGGGUUACCAGGUUUUAAGGGAGAUAGGGGCCUCCCAGGACCUCCUGGACUUCAGAACAUUCCAGGCUUUAUCGGUCCAAAAGGUGAGAGAGGUCCCACUGGGGACAUGGGUUCUCCAGGACCCAAAGGUCCACAAGGUCUUCCUGGGCCCUGGGGACCCAAGGGGAGAACUGGCCCAGUUGGAAAUAUAGGUGUCAAAGGUGCUCCUGGUGAUUCCAUCAGUGGCCUAGGGACGGCUCCUCCCGGACCUCCAGGACCAGCUGGUAACCCAGGAUCUGAGGGAUUCCUUGGUGAUGUAGGUCCUCCAGGGACUCCGGGACGUAAAGGAGAAAAGGGUCCUCUAGGUUGCAUGGGCUCCCCUGGUCUACCAGGUACUGCUGGUCCUAGUGGUCCUGUAGGAGACCCAGGAGAAGUUGGUCUACAAGGAUAUGCUGGAAAUCAAGGUAUCUCAGGUCCCCCUGGUGAUCCAGGUGAACCAGGUCAUAGGGGGACCUUCAAAUCCGGCUUCCUGUUGGUUGUCCACAGCCAGUCUGUUCAGGUGCCACUGUGCCCCGAAGGCAGCAGUCAGCUUUGGGUGGGCUACAGUCUGGUGUUCCUUGAGGGACAAGAGAAGGCUCACACACAAGACCUUGGCCAGGCUGGCUCCUGCCUUCCUGUGUUCUCCACCAUGCCUUUCUCAUACUGCAACAAAGCUGCCUGUCACUACUCCAGUCGCAAUGACAAAUCCUAUUGGCUGUCCACCACUGCUCCCAUACCCAUGAUGCCACUGUUUGGCCAGGAGAUUAGCUCCCACAUAAGCCGCUGUGUUGUGUGUGAGACAGUUUCUCCUGCAGUCGCUUUUCAUAGCCAGGAUCACACAGUUCCUAGGUGCCCACCUGGCUGGAGGAGUCUGUGGAAGGGGUAUUCUUUCCUCCUGCACACAGGGGCGGGUGACGAAGGUGGCGGCCAGUCUCUGACCUCUUCAGGUAGCUGCCUCAAAGAUUUCAGAACUCAACCCUACAUAGAGUGCCAGGGAAGUCGAGGCUCCUGUCAUUACUUUGCCAACCUUUACAGUUUUUGGCUGACUACAGUGAGUCAGACAGAACAGUUCAUCACCCCGAGACCUGGCACCAUCAAAGCUGCUGACCAACAGCGACACAAGGCCAGUCAGUGUCACGUCUGCCUCAGAGAAAAAUAAUUGUCCUCACCUAAUUCGCAUUUCCACUCAGGGCCAUACUUAAGUUAUGUGUGGUGACAAAUCGGUACAAUUUAUACUGUGUUACUUUUAUCUCAACAGCUAUUUUAUACAAUACUGCUGUCACUGUAUCUUUUCUGUCAUUAGUUUUAAUGUGGUGCAAUUUCUAAUUAUUAAAGAAAUGUGUUAAUUGAUGAACUGCUGCUGUACCUGAAGUAACUGAGUAUUCACCAACUUUUCCAGAUUAGUGUUGAAAUCUUAACUAAAUAAUUCUUCAUGAUAAAUAUUCAAAACCCUGUUAACCCUUACUGUAAACCCUGCUCCUCGAAUAAAAGUUUCAACAUUCA